AUGUCUUUGAUUGAGAAAAUCUCCAUAGAACUUGGAGCACAGGAGCCAUGGCCAAAAGAUGUCAAGUUAUUUCAGCCUUAUGAAGUUGAACAAAUUCUCUUACCUGAUAAUGCAAACUGUUUGGCGGUCCAAGCAUUUCUCAAAAUGUGUCAUUUAGAUUAUACAGUUGAACCAAAACCAAAUGCUGAAGCUAUGUCACCAACUUUGAAAGUCCCAUUCAUAAAGGCAGGUAGAUUUGUUAUAGCAGAAGUGGAAGGAAUAGUACAGUUCAUUAAUGGAAAAGGUAUAACUUUGACAGAAAAGUUGGAUAGUGAACAGAAGACUGAUUUGAGGGCUUUCAUGUCAUUGCUUCAUAAUGUUAUGGAAAUAGCUGAGCUUUAUGUUUGUUGGGUUGACCAAGAAACUUAUAAUGAAAUUACUAGUUUUCGACAUGGUUCAGUGUAUCCCUGGCCUCUGAAUCAUAUCCAAAAUAGAUCUAAAAGAAACCAGGUUAUCAAAAAAUUAUCAGCUAUGAACUGGUAUAAGAAAACUUUGGAGGAUGUCUUUGAAGAAGUUGACAAAUGUUGUGAGGCUCUCAGUACACGUCUUGGUGAUGGACAUUAUUUUUUUGAGGAUGGACCUACAGAGUUGGAUGCUUUAGUUUUUGGUCAUUUGUUCACAAUUUUGACUACUCCUUUACCCAAAAAUGAUCUGGCAGAGAUAAUAAGGAAAUACCCCAUGCUGAUAGCACUUGUAGAAAGAAUUGAGAAACAAUAUUUCAAAAAAGAAACUGAACAUUGA